AUGAGCGACGUGCAGGUCAACGAAGCCAAGGAGUUCUUUGCGCCCUCUCCAGCGGGACCGUCCAAGGGGACCAUCGCCGUGGAUAUGGACGAUGUCCUCGCACAGACCAAUCAGACUAUCGUUGAGAUGCACAACGCGCGAUAUGGCAUGCAACCCCCUCUCUCCCUCGCCGACUUCAAGCAUUACCUGUACUGGAAUAACCGAGGCUGGGGCGACGCAAAGCAAACGGCGAAAAUGGUCGUCGAACUCUGCAAUGCUGGCCUGUACGGCCGAAGUGCGCCCGUACCCGGUGCUCGCGAGGGCUUGCAGAAGCUCAAAGAUAUGGGGUAUCGGCUCAUCAUCAUUACUGCGCGAGGGGAGAGCAGUCGGGAAGUCUCUGAGGAUUGGAUUGCGGAACAUAUGCCUGAUUUGUUCGACGAGAUACACUUUACUGGCGCCUUUGUACAUCUCGCCGCGACGCAUGAAGAGGACGAGGGUCAUGUUGCUCGGCGUGCGGUCUUGUCCCACAAGAAGCGGACCAAAGCGGAGAUCUGCCACGAGACAGGCGCCUUCGUCCUGAUAGACGAUUCCGCCGAGAACGUCCUACACGCGACUCUCCACUCUUCCCCACCCGUCCAGUGCCUCCUAUUCGGCACAUACGGCUGGAACGCCUCCAUCCCCUCCCCUGACGUCCCUAUCCACCCGGACGAUCGCGCACUGGACGACGGCGGGCUGACGUACCUCGAGAAAGAGGCGAAGGGGGCUUUGGGCGAGUCCGAGGAGAGAUGGGAAGAGGCGAGGAAGAGGGGGUGGGUCCCGGAUGGGGUCGAGAGGGUGGCGGACUGGGAGGGGGUUGUGGAGUGGGUAAAGAAGAGGGAGGGGAAGGGGGAGGAGGGGAGUUAG